UUUGAUUGUUAAUGAUAUAAAUAACAGUUGUGCCAGAUUUUUCUGAAUGCUCCAGUUAGUGUUUGAGCAUUCUUAAUCUAGUUUGAUCACUAACAAAAUGUAAGUAAUUCAUAUUUUAAAAAAUGUUGCCGAAAUUUCCUCCAUCCCUGCCUAUUUCCCUGGGUCAUGAUUUUUCUGCUCAUAAAAAGGACCUUCUGUGUCUCCUGAUCUCUGUGACUGCAGCUUUUCAUUUAUGAGUUAUUUUGUAUCCAUGAACAAAAUAAAUGUAUUCAGUCUCUACCUAUCACAUCCCAGUUAUUUUCUAUUUAUGAAAUAGGUAUAAAAAUGCAAUAUUAAGGGAUGGAGACAUUACAAAAUGCUUUGAUGUCUUCCCAAUUUAUAAUCUAAUUGAUUUUGUUUGAGGUGUACCCAGUGGUGGGAUUCAGCCAGUUUGCAUCACUUCGGCAGAACCGGUAGCUAAUUUUUUGUUGCCCAGACUCAGAAUGGACUUCCAGAAGCGGCAUCCACACAGAGAACUGGUUGUUCACAUAUUUGAAUCCCACCACUGGGUAUAGCUAUGUUAAUAAAAGUAACUAGGAACUCAAUUUGACUUUCAAAUAACGGAAAGACACACUUUAAUCUUUACUCUUAUGAAACUUUUUCCUGUACUUUAAAAUUUAACUGUAUUAGUUUUGAAGAAUAUAGCAAUUCCAAAUUUUCAAGAGUGUGUAAACAAAGUUUUAAGAUCCUUUUCUUUAACAAAAUUAUUAGUGUAGUUUUAUUGUAACCUUCCAGUAAGAAAUAUAUUGUGCUGUAUUAGUAAUGAUUGCAGUUGAAGUUUUUGCUACUGAAAAUAUUUAGAGAAAGGCAGUCCAUUCCCAAAAAAUAAUACUAAUAUUAAUGUUUCACUAUAUUAUCAAUAGAAUUUUGUUUUCAAGUGUCCGCAUACUGUACCCUGUUUUAUAGGAAUGGGAGAGUCCACAUAUCCAGAAAAUGAUAUGUCUAUCCUCUUACCUGCUCUUGGAACACAAACUCCAGUUGUUCCUGGACUUGUAGAUAAUCUACUUCCUGAUUCCCAACUUUAUUCCAGUGCACAAAUCUGUAAACAGAUUCACCAUCAUUGUGAUUUCUCAGUAGUCAAUACAUAUGACAUGUCAGAAAUGCUAGAGCCUAAGGACAGGAUGUGUAAAAUUUUUGUGGGUGAAAAGUACAUAGGAGUAAGAGACAAGAUAGCCAUACAGAGUGCAUUGCCUAAUGUGUCUGAACAAAAGGAACAAAGCAAAUGGCAGAAAUACCACAAUACAACUGGUUGUGAUUUGAGAUCUCAAAAUAGCAACGAAGUUGCCAUGGCUUCUGAUAUCAAAGCUGAGAGUUUUUUAGGAAUGUCAUUAGCAUACAGAAGAGAGAAUCAGAGUAAUGUCAUCUAUAAAAGCCCUCUGGACUCUGAGCAUCUGGAGACAAUAAAAAGCAUGCUUUGUAAACAGCAGCAAAACUUUAUCAGUCAAGAUUCUGUUUCAGAAAGAAAGAAACUUUUCCUGCACUUAAAUCAACACUUUUCCACUGAGGAAGUUCUAAGUGAGUUAGGUCACCUGAAUUUCCCCAAUAUAACCAGCGAUAGCAAGGUAUGUAAUUGUUCCCAAUGUUAGGAAAUGCUGUUAAAUAUUGUCCACCAUGUGUAAAUGCAGAUUAGUUUUGUAUGUGCCUAAUGUUUUCUCUUAAAGAUUUUUUUAACAAGGUUUUCAAGAAUACUGUGUUAACAGGUUUCAAAAUAUUUAAAUUUGAUAAUCUCACAAUCAUAGCUUAUAAAAUGAAGAUAUGUACGGUUUUUACUCAUUCGUGAAAUCAUGACUCCUUUUGCUGCAAACUGCUAAAACUAGGAAUCUAAUUAACUAUAACCUCUUAAUUAGACUAAACUGGGGCCCUGUAGUUGCAAACAGCACAACAAGCUGGCAUCUUCAGUCAUUGUUUUAAGUCUUUAAGGUGAUUUUUAUGAAACUCAACAAAGUCAGGUUCCAAAAUUAUACAUUACAGUAUAUAUUCUGAAGACAGGAUAUUUUUCCACAUUAUUUAAGAUUACAAUUUAGCACUCAAAUAUAUGUAUGAUAUAUUUGUUCAUAAGACCCAGGUAAGAUAUUUGUUCAUAAAAACUAGAAGAAUAGUUAUAGUCUUAAUAAAUCUGUAUUCAGUGGUCUUAAAUAUACAGUAAGUAAUUUAUAUGCAUAUGAGAUUAGAAAAAAGGAAAUAGGAAUGUGCUUAUUUUGUUUUAUAGGACACUUCUGAGCUGUAUUUCCCUGGGGCAGAUAUGGUAAAGAACACUAAUGUACCUAAAAGACAACAAUGCAUCCCAGUUGAAUUUCAGUCUCCAGCACAUUAUAAGAAAGUUUUUACUACUGC